GUUGACUUCCUACAGUCGCAAAGUACAGUACUAAGCUACGGUACUUCAUCGUCACCCGGUAUAUAAUUUACCGUAAAGUGCGGGCGCACGUAGCGCACACUCUUGAGGCAUUUGUGUGCCGUAACGAUUCCGAUAGAAGAUGGCGCCCAACCCUGAAUUCAUUGAGGCGCAGGUGUCACACCGUACAGUAAAAGGGUGAAUUCUUGUUUGGGCCAGUGUGCAACAGGUUGUCGGAACGAGACGACGACGAAUGGAGGUUAUUUUCUAUUAAAUCCAAUAAGAGCAAUGUGCGUAGGAGACCGUGAAGUUGCACCUGGAUUGUAAGCUUAUGUUCCUGAGAGGACAUAAGAGCCGUGUCUCCUUGGUAAAUCAUCAUUGAGCCGGAAUUCGCGGAUGGUCAACAAGUACAACGAAUAAUAAAAGAUGGAGAGAUCGCACGGAGCAACUUUUGGUGGUGGAGGCACCAACCUCCAGGAAUAUUGGGAAGAGUAUCAGAAGAUGAUCGAGGAAACGAAGAUGUUGGACGAUUAUCUUGAUGAGGAAUGCAGUCCACGUAGUUAUGACGAAGGCGAAGAAGAAGCGGAAUGGCUUCGCGCAGCUGGUCUGGGCGAAUUGACUGAACCCUGGAAAGCCGGAAGAGAGGUGCAACCGGAAGAGCUGGGAGCAGCCUUACGUCCCUUGUCUCGUGCCCAGGCAGAAGCUGUGAAACGUCGUGUACGCUCCCUCAAUCAUACUGUCAAACAGCGUUUUAAUCAGCGUCCUCGGGUACGCAAGCCAGACAUCAGAGACGUUUUCAAGGAUGUGGAAGUGUCGAGUAUUGGUACCAGGUCACGCAGUGCUACUCCAGACUCUUUGGAUUCUGUACCUGGUGAAACACCUGAGAGUGCUUCCCCUCCAUCGCCACCUACCGUAACCGUUAUCGACGUUCAUCACGAGAACGUCAACGUGCCAAGUUUCGUAUCGAUAUUCAAUAGAACACCAUUAGAUAAUAAAGAUGGGGUACGUAGAUUACCAAGUGCUCCUCCUGUUGCAACUGCAACUGCAGCUGCACCUGCACCUGCACCUACUCCAGUACCAAUACAAGAAAUAUUUAGGCGAGCAGGUCACUGGUCUCAACGUGGAGACGUUGCCAGUGAUUCCGAAGGUAUCAAGCUAACGGCUUAUCAAAGACUGGGAACGAUUCAUGUUGCAAGGCCAGUUAUUCAAAGGCGCAGUGGUAGUGAUCCUAGCGAAGUAGCUAACACUGCGCACCUGGAUGUAGAAACUCCUAUCAAGCUAACCGUACCUAAGGAUCAUGCCACGUUACGAAGAAGUUCAGGUGCUCAUGCGACUGUGACAAGAAGCCACAGCAGUCUGUACGGUUUCUCAAGACCUGCUGAUGAGAAUUUAAUAACUCAUCCACUGAAUCGUACCUCGUCCCACGGCCAUCUUAGUUUCGAGGAGAUGUGCAGAGCGAACGAAGUGAAAUCUCAAGUAUGGACUGCCGACGUCCUUGCCGCGGAUGACGGAUACGAUCGGCAGGGCGUUGAAUUGUUAUCCCAACGUGAUCUCACCAGGCUUCAGCCAUUGUUGUGGCUGGAGCUUAGUGCUGUGUUUGAUAAGUACAACGUACCUCUUACCAAACGGAAGCCGAACAAACGUAGAAGGAAAGCUGGGAAUCUAUUCGGCGUCUCGUUAUCCACGUUGCUCCUGAGGGACAGUCAACUUACGAACGAGGAGAGUAAUAUUCCACUGGUGUUUCAAAAGCUUCUUCACGAGCUGACGAAACGAGGCGUGAUGGAGGAAGGAAUUUUACGCGUCGGGGGACACAAGCAGAAAGUUGAGACCUUGUGCACGGAACUCGAAAUGGAUUUCUAUUGUAAACCGAAAGAGGUGGAUAAAUUAUUUAAGCGUUCGCCGUGCCAUGACUUGUCGGCAGUCUUGAAGAAACUGCUCAGAGAUUUGCCUCAGCCACUUCUUACCGUGGAGCUUAUUGAUGCUUUUUAUCAGAGCCACGGCGUGAAGAAUCCAAGCGACAUUUCCUAUUCUUUGAAUCUGUUGGUGCUACUACUUCCGGUCGAGCAUCGAUGUACCUUGAAAGCUUUAUUGACUUUUCUGAAGCUCGUUAUCGAACGCCAAUCAUCGAACAAAAUGUCUAUACAUAACGUGGCCAUGAUCGUGGCGCCUUCCUUAUUUCCACCGAGAUAUAUUUAUCCAAGAGACCAGGCUGAUCUGAGUGCUCAGGUUAACAUGGCUGCUGUAUGCUGUCAGGUGACUGAAGCUCUUCUCAAUAACGUAGAUAAACUCUGGUACGUACCUACCGAUCUGAUAAAUCAAUUGCGCAGACAAUCUGAGGAGGAACGAUAUCGUAAAUACAAGAAAAAGUAUUAUUAAAUAUCACUGCGAAUUAGAAUCAUUGACAAUUUUCAUUUGUGGUUUUUUUUUCAUAUAUCUAUUCGUCAUGAUCACAGUUAUUACGGUGCUUAGAUUUUUUAUCUUGUGAGAUACGUGAAAUUGCGUCACGUUUUUCUUUUAUUGAUUGACCCGCAAGUUGGAAUAGUAAAUUUGCAAAUGAAAAUUGUAACAUAACUUGAUCGUUUACAAGGAAUAAUAGGUCUUAGGAGUCUCACGGUAUUUUUUAAUGAAAAUAAAUAUUUACAUGGAUAGUAUUUGCCUUUUUAGGUAAAUAUUCUUCUUGCCAUUGUAAUAUUAUUCUCUUAGCUUAAUCGUGAUUCUUCCUUAUUUUUCUCGAUACUAUGUUUAUGCGACUUUUGACAAUUGACAAUGAGGUUGUUCUUUUUUUUUUAUUAUAUCCUUAUACCAUAGAACGUUAUAUCCCAUCAUUAUGAUUUAUUGUGUAUAACUAUAAGUAAUGUCGGGUGUAAUACUCCGGGAGGAUCUUUUUUUUCCCCAUAGUGCAAUAGCGUGGACAUAUUCUAAUUGUAAGUUUAGUUUUUAGUCAGUACGUUUAUUUUAAACUUUUAAGAAAAGACCAAAGCUCUCGUUAACGGUACCACGUGACACGAAGCUUAACCUUGAUUUCGAAAAAGUACAACUUGUUAUAAAUUUACCUACUUCUAUGAUAAUUUGUAGAAGAUAUUUUCAAUACGUUUCUAUGGAAUUUGUUUUUUUUUUUUCUUUCCCUGCGCAAUCUCGUAUUCCACUUUCGGAUACGGAAUAAGGAAUUAUUUGCGACGGUUGUGGAAAACAAAGAAUACGUUAUCAGUGUAAUCGUAAUUGGAAAUUGACACUUUUAUCUAACUGGAUGAUGGAGGAAAAUUUUUUUUAAUUAUCGUAAUACGUGUGCUAUAGAUUUUUAAGUUUUAUACUAAUGCUAUUUAUUUUCUAUUUACCUGAUUAUCCUAAUUUUAUGUUCGCACACGAUCUUCGAGUGUCGCUCAAUAAUAGGAGAGUCAGUAGUUUCGUGUUCUGUGUUUUUCAUUUAGCUACUACAAAACAGUAGACUAAGUGCAACGAAAUCACGGCACCAGUGUGGCAUUUUAGUUAUUACUUGUAAUAGAUAAUUUAUUUCUAACCAUUUUGUUUUUAAGUAUACAGGAUUUUCUAGAUCAUUCUAUCAACAUGUCUAAUCGGGUUUGGUAACGUCUAGCCUUUUGAUAUACGCAAUCAUUAUUGUAAUAAAUUUUAAUGCUCGAUUGCAUUCGUUAAUAUAUAUUAGGAUUCGUAUGUCAAUUCUAAAGUCCGUCUACGACUAUUACCAACAUAGGCAGCGAGUUUGAAAAAUAAUUUUUUGUUUUUACAAUCUUUGUUCGCAUUAAGCAUUUUUAUUUUACGAGGCGUUAAAAUUCUUUAACAAUUUAACGUAUCUCUUGGAUGUUUUCUUUCGUUUUGGAAAAUUUAACAUGUACAUUGAUGUUUUUUUUUUCUUUUUCACAUUUUUGCCCUCUUCCUCUUGCGCCAAAACGAAUUUUCACGACAUAUCAUUUCCACGUAGGCAUUUUAAUCUAUGAAAUCAUUACUGUUUGAUAACGCCAUACUACUCUAAGAAUCUGUACAUACAUUUUUCGUAAAAUUUUUAUAUUACAUAAUAAAGUGCCAAAGAAAA